AUGCAGCAAGCACCUCCUUCAGCUUCACUUCACCACUUUCUGAACGCUGAAACAUGUAACAAAAUAACAAAGCUUCUAAUUUAUACUAAGGAAGUUUAUGAAGGAUUGUUAUUCAUUAUUUUCCUUACAAUUUUCCUCACUGUUAAUGUUGGACAACUUGAAUGUGCGUUCUACUGCAGGGCAGACUCCCAAUCCUUGAUCUCCUGGUCUUCGAUCAUCUUAGCCAGAAUGAACGCUACAUGGGGUUCGUCAAACGAACACCAGCUACUGGUAGAAUUUCUGAAUCGCAGUCCAGCUACCAUCGCUGUAGAGACAAGUAUUAUACUCCUUAUUGGACUGAUUGCCAUUGGAGGAAAUCUUCUGGUAGUAAUCUCCAUCUUUCGUAAUCCCAGUCUUCGUCGUACCAUCACUAACUACUUCGUACUCUCACUAGCAAUGUCUGAUAUCAUGUAUCCUUUUACGAACUUACCAUUCAUGCUCGCCUGGUCAAUAAAGAGCACCUUUACAUUCAAGGAAGGCUUGUGGUGUCAAAUUCAAGCAAUAGUGAGCUUUAGUCUGAUUCAUGUUUCUAUAUUAACAAUGGCGUUAAUGGCGGUCAAUCGGUUCGUUCGUGUCUGCAAGACACACAAAUAUAACAAAUGGUUUAACAAAAAGAGUUCCCUGGUAAUGCUUGGUACAGUGUGGGUUGCGAGUUACACCUAUAUGACAGUGAACCUUACAGAAAAGACUCUAUUCUACGUCAGGUUCGAACCUCAGAAAAUAAUUUGUGGUCUGUCGAGAAGCAACAAGGACUUCUUUUCUACAGUACUUAUGACUUUAUGCUUGGCAUUUGGGCUGGGGUUUCCCUUCACUGUCAUGGGCGUUUGCUAUUACAAAAUUUUCAAAAAAAUACGAGAACACAAACGAAACAUUGCUCCUUUUUCUUCAGACUCUAACGGUAGCAGCCUGGGGAUGAGUGUCCAAGAAAUCAAAGUCACGUGGACCACAUUUGCAGUUUUGAUUGGAUAUUUAUUGACAUGGCUUCCAAUGUUACUCAUUGUAGUGGCGUCAUACUUUAAAGACCUACCACGUGAGGUUCACAUGAUAGUGACGUAUUCCAUGGCCAGCAGUAGUGCUAUAAAUCCUGUAAUAUAUGGAGUCUUGAACCCAGCGUUUAGAAAGGAGUAUAAGAAAAUCAUCAAAUGGCAAUAA